AUGGCGUUCUCAGGAGUGAUAUGCGAGCCAACAACAACGGAAUCAAACGAAUACGAUUCUCUCUCUGAAAAAUCACUGGACCUCAGCGAGGAAUAUGCAGAUGAGCUGGAAAUUGGCCCGGCCGACGCAUUUGUUGUGGAAGAAGUUGUCGACAAGUGUUUCGUAUGUUUCGGGCCAUUAUUUUUUAAUAGUUUCAGAAUCUCAUUUAUCACUGUAAAAAAAGUCGAAUAA